ACUCUUCAGUCAACGAAAAGCCUUCUUCCAGUGUCGAUUGUGAUACAGGCCGCACAGUUAUCCCAACAUCAACAAAUGCGACAACGCCAGCAUCAACAAGUCAAUCGCGGACACCAGUGUCCUUUAACGAAUAUCGUCAGCGUAAAGAGAAAGAAAGAAGCUCGAGAUUCAAACCAAAAGCAAAGAAAGCGAAGAUAGAAAAGAAGGGAAACGAGAAAACGCCCAGUGAAGUUAAGAUAAAUAUUGCUCUAAAAAAACUUCGCGACAAUGAUUUAAAAUUCGUUAGAGGAAGUUCAUUGCCUCUUACAGUCUGCCCAACUAUUGGUUCUACGGAAUUGCUGAAUAAAGCUGCCGAGAAAAUCGUAAAAUUUAACAGCGAUUUAACGUUUGGAGCGUUUGGGUUUACUCUAUUGUACCCAGAUCGAACCAAAGUUAUUAACCUACCUGGUAGUGAGGAACCCUUUACCCUGGAAAAAUACAAGAAAGAUAUUGGAAAAGCAUACACACGUUUGACGUUCUACAUUUGCAAGACAGAAGAUUAUUUGGAAUUUCUGUACAGGCCAUCAUACUGCAGUGACAGUGACCCUGACUUUGAUAUUAUAGACAAGGUAUUAAAUAAUUUAUAA